UGAAGAGACUCUUACUCGGACUGAAAAGUUUUCAGCACUUCACAGCUCGACAGCAGCCGUCUGGACUCUGAAUGCAGCCAGCAAGAACAACAUUCAAAAAAAAAAAAAAAAAAAGACUCAAGAAGUAACUCAGAACAAGAGGAGGAAGAAAAGCUCACAAUCCAGACUUCUUCUCAACUCAGUCGUGUUUGCAUCAGUUCCUCUUUGAGACAGAAUGGAAGUACAAAACGCGUGGAGGAUUGUGAUGCUGGGAAAAUAUGGAUCUGGGAUUAGCAGUCUGGCUAACACCAUACUUGGAGAAAACCACUUCGAAAUCAACAGUUUAAGUGACUUAGGAACACGUUUUUCUCAGAGCAAAACCAAAUCUGUCCAGGGCAGAGUCCUCACUUUGAUCGACUCUUCUGGAUUGUUCCUCCCGGGCAGGUCUGAGGAGGACGUGGAGGCCUCCAGACUCAGCUGUAUGAUAGAGUGCGCUCCGGGGCCGCACGCUUUUCUCAUCGUGCUCAAAGUGGAGAAAUUCACAGAACAGGAGGAAGACAUCAUCACGCAAAUCUGUAAACUGUUUUCCGAAGAUGCCUUGAAAUAUGCAGCGGUUGUCUUCACUAAGGGGGACCAGCUGCCCGAAGAGACGAAGAUCAAUCAGUUUGUUGCUGAGAGCGAGGCUCUGAGUGAGCUGGUGAGGAAGUGUGGAGGGCGCUGCCACGUCUUUGAUAACAAAUACUGGAAGCAAACCCAGCAGGAUGAGUACAGAAGCAACCAGUUCCAGGUGGCAGAGCUGCUGAAGAGCAUCGACCAGAUUGUGAACACUCACAGUGGCAGUUACUACACCAACAACAGGCUUCAGCAGGUGGAGAGUGAAAUCCAAAGAGAGCAAAAGCAGAUCAGAGAGUCUUCAGAAAACAUGGUGGAGGAAGUGAUCAGAGAGCAGGCUAAAAGCAGGGUCUUUAAGUGGCGGCUGAAACGUUACCGAUGCUUAUCUUCUAUGUGCAGAUGGGGGAUGCGCCUUGUAAGGGGGUUCACUGCAAUUGUCUUUGGUGUGAUCGGUUUAAAACUGAUGAAGUCUUUAUAUGAAAGAAUAUAUGAUCCAUGGAAUGAGCACUGAAGAGUAAUGAAACAGAAAACCUGGAUGAACCUUUCAGAUUGUAAUUUUUUUAAUGGGAUCAAUAUCUAUUGACCAGUGAGGCUUUCAUUUGAUCUGUGUGUUUAUUGUUGCAGGUCUGAACUGAUCAGAAAUCACACUUUAGUCCUCAAUGCUUGAGAAAAGACAAUAAAAUAUGUCAUAACUUCAGUGAUGAUUCCAAAUGUGUAUAAACUGUUGACUUUAAUUCAUUAUAUACAACAUGCAUGCAUUUAUUCUAUUGUUCUAUAUUCUAAAGUUAGUUAGACUUCUUUUUUUUUUGCUUUCAAACAAUAUCGAGGAUGAUUUUUUAUCACUUGGCUGUGAGUGAAUUAAGCAACAAUAAAGAAGCUUCUUUGUCACAAGUGUUUGAUUUUUUUUUUUACUUGCGGUUUACUUGCAGUUGUCUUUGGUGUGAUUGUUUCAAAAUUGAUGAAGUCUUUAAAUGAAAGAAUAUGUGAUCCCUUGAAUGAGCACUGAAGAGUAAUGGAACAGAAAGCCUGGAUGAACCUUUCAGAUUGUAAUUUUGUUUCCAGUGGGAUCAAUAGCUAUUGACUGGUGAAGGGUUAGGGUUCUAAAUGUGUAGAAACUGUUGACUCACAGUGUCUGUGGACUUUAAUUCAUUACAUACAACAUGCAUGCCUCUAUUCUAUUUCGGUAAAUUCUAGAGCUUGCUGGAUCUUUUUAUUUGUUUUUUGCUUCUCAGACAACAUCUGCAUGUUUUUUAUCACUUGGCUGUGAGUGUAUUAAGCAACAAUAAAGGAGUUUCAAUGUC